AUGCGUAUCUCUGCAUCUCUCGGGGUCCUUGUGGCCACCGGACUUCUGGGUCACUCUGCCUCCCAGGUAACUGACUACGGAAACACCAAUGGCAGUCCGGUCGGCAAUCAACCCGGUACCUCUGGCGAUGGUAUUCCCGGCAACAAUGGGGGAGCUCCUAGCAGCAUGCCGAUCCCAAGCAAUGGCGUGGGAUCUGUCCCUGGCUCAAUGCCCAGUGGUGUCGGCCCUGUUGGUCCCGUCUCUCCUGGCUCUAACGGCCUUCCUCCUACCGUGCCUGGUGGUAUUCCGGGAAACCUUCCUGGCUCCACCUCCCCAGGCGAUUCGUCUAACGGCUAUCCUCCCAACGGGCCCAACGGCAGCCCUGGGAACUUUCCUGGUCCUGUUUCCCCCGGUGGAGGCUCCAAUGGUCUUCCUCCCAAUGGACCCAGCGGUGUUCCUGGAAGCAUUCCUGGAUCUAUCCCCGGCAACUCUCCAAACAACGCUCCCGGCAAUGUUCCUGGAAGUGUCCCUGGUGCUGGGUCUGUGAUUGUCCCCGGCAGCUUUCCUACCAACAUCCCCCAGAAUGUCCCUGGCUCUCCUGGCUCUCCUGACUCUGAUGCCUCAAACGUUCCCACCUGCCCCUUCGGCUCUACCAAGACCGUCGUCGUUACUGUUUAUUCUACGGACAGCCAGAAUGAGUCUGACUUCCCCUGGCCAGAUGAUUCAAAUUCAGAUGGAUCCUCUACCCCGACACCUAUGCCUACCACUCCCCCUGGAGCUACUCCCUGGAUCCCAACCUCUGGUGUACCUAUCUUCACUACCUUGACACUUGACAUUUGGGGCCCCGAUGGUAGCCCUUCCAACUCUGGCUCAGGCAACAAUGAUGGAACGCCUGGUAACGUCAACAACCCCAGUGGCAGCGAUAGCCCUGGCGAUGGCUCUGGUGGCAACGAUGGUGCCAACUCGGGCUCUGGCAACGGAUCUGACUCUGGUGGUGAUGAUUCCCAGAACAACCCAGUCUCCCCCUUUCCCUUCCCUGCCUCUGGCCCCAAUGGUGCUCCUCAGUACUCUGACAUUGGCUUUGGCGGCUCAUCAGCUGAGAUCCCCGGAGCUACUGGAGACAACACAUAUGUACCUACUCCCCUUCAGACUCCCGUCUCUCCUAACGGAGGUGUUACUGGCAACCAGCCUGGACUCCCCUCCACAGGACCUGCCCAAGAAGCCAGCGAUAGCCUUCCAGUCACUACCCAAGCCGGCCCUGAAGGACAAGGCGAGAAUUCCCCAUGGUUGACCAACGUCCCAGGUGGAAAUGGUGCCAGUCAGCCAUCGCCCUCAUACAUCACCAUCACUGGACAAGAUGGACUCCCUACCGUCGUCAUCAAUGGAGGAAACAUGAUCCCGGGACAAUCUCAGCCCUCAGCGAACUCGGGUUUCCCUCCCAAUGGAAACAACCCCGGCCUACCCAUCGGCGGAUCUUCAGGCUUUUCCCUUCCUCCUCCUACCAUCACUGGUACUCCGGGAUCCCAGAACCCUUUCGACUCUCCCGCUGGAUCUCUUCCUGGCAGUGGACCUGAUGCAGGAAUCACAACAUGCGCGACAUUCACUGUCACUGGUACCGAUGGCCUCCCUACUGUUGUAGACACAACUUGGGUGAUCCCCGGAACGUUUGACCCCCAAGCUCCGCUGUCUUCCAUCACAUCUGAGCUUGGCCUUCCUACUUUUCCCUUCACUAUAACCGGCUCACCUGGAGAUAUGUCUGGGCCUUCGGCCAUGACCACCUGCACAAGCUACACCAUGAUUGGAGCUGAUGGUAACCCUACUGUGGUGCAUACCACUUGGACAAUUCCAACCGCUGGAGCUGGAUCUGGAGAUCCUGGUGACAACUCCGCUCUUGUUUCCUCUGGCGAUUUCAUGACUGUCACUGAACUGCCCCCAUUCGGCUCUUCUGGUUCCGGUGGCAACAACCCUACUGCACCCAAUUCAGACAAUGCCUCUCCCAUCACAACCUGCACAAGUUACACUGUCAUUGGCACUGAUGAGAUUCCCACUGUUGUUGACUCUACAUUCGUCAUCCCUGGUCCAGUCAAUACUGGCGCUACUGCUGGUGGCGAUCCCCAAGUUCCAUCAGGAGCCUCCGACGCUUUUCCAAAUGGCGCUACAUCACCUGCUACCAUUCAGAUUACGAGCGCCCCAGGCCAUACUCCACCCGCUCCUACUGAUGGAACUGGAACUGGAAGUAUUGGCAACGGUGACAUUACGACCUGCACAAGCUACACUGUCAUUGGCACCGAUGGACUUCCAACAAUUGUUGACUCGACCUGGGUGAUACCUGGACCUGCCAACACACAGUCUGAGCUGCCAGGCAACCCUUCAUUUGUCUCUGACUCCAUCCCAUCCGGCCUACCUACUGGAUUCCCUGGCCCAAUGACUGCCUCUGCAGGCAUUCCAUCUGAUGAGAAUCAGGGAAACAUGCCCGGUGUUACUACAUGCAUCACAUACACUACUAUUGGAUCAGAUGGACUUCCAACAGUCGUUGACACAACCUUUGUUAUCCCUGUGGCUACUGCAACCCCUGUUGGGACAAGUGUUAACGUCAACGGGAAUGGUCAGACUGGCUCGUCACCCAACCCCACUGGAGCUUUUACCACAUUUACAACGGCUGUUGUUCUAGGACCAGAUGGGAACCCAACAUCGACGGUGCAAACCAUCGUCUUCAGUGACUCUUCCGCACUUGGAGUUUCAGCUGGAACCCCCCAGGGUGCAACAUCUGGUGUUACACCCUCUGAUGCCUCUGGCCCUGUCUUUACCACAGGAGACUCGAACUCCCUUCCCACCGACACCCCGAGCCUCAAUGGAUAUGAUAAUGGUAUUCCAGGUGCAUCUAUCUCAGUUGUACUCACUGGCGGCAGCGCCGCUGCGCAAGGCACAUCCGUGAGUGGUACAACCACUGGAACCCUUACCUGGACUGUUACCUCAAUCACCAACCCUGCUGGCGGUCCUGUCUUUUCACAGGGCGCUGGCCAGCCUCCCUUCGCGUCGGGCUCAUCAGACAACAGUGCUUCUGAUGGAAUGGCCCAGCCUGCCUAUGGGUCUGUUGCCACUGAAAGCACCCUCUUCCCCCUGUCCGCUAUUAAGACUUCUACCUGGACCAACGUCAUCAAGGCAGAGACUACUUCCUACACAUUCAACUACCCUGUUACCACACUCGCUACUGUCAAUGUCCCCAAGAAGAGGUUUGCUCGUCGUCAAGAGAUGACUGCUUGGUCGAACUCCACCACCUCUGCAUCAAGCGCGAUAUCUGCAACCACAUCCACAACAUCUGAGGCUAGCUCCCCUUCUAUCUGCCCCGCGGGUGGAAACAUCGGUAACACUACCAUUGAUUUUGAUACUUCCAAGCCUGGACCCCUUUUCAAUCCGGUCGAGAACAUUUGGUUUUCUGGAGGUUUCCUUAUCGCCCCUCCAACCACACAGCAGUCCCAGCCAUACAUCCCUUCCUCUGGUGGUCGACUCGUGGAGUUCGUCCCUCCUGCCCUUUCGAACACUACAGCCACAAUAUCAGGAGAUGUGGCUCAGAUCGGUGUCGGACCCCAUGCCGCUAGCCCCUGCUUCCGCUUCGACUUCUUUGGUGCAGACCUCGGAUGCGAUGCCCAAGAAGAUGAGAAGUGGUGCGAAUUCGAUAUCUCAGCCUAUCGCUGGAACGAGACCUCAUCUACCGAAGAAUCCAUUGCCUGGUCAGAAACCAAGCAAGUCCCUGCCUGUCCUAAGUUCUCUGAGGGUGGCUACCAGCUGACUCGAGUUGACCUGGAUGGCUAUAAGGACCUUUCCUCAGUUCUGAUUACACUACGUGUCUCAUCCGAUCUUCGAGUCUGGUGGGGAGAUGAUUUCCGCAUGGGCUGGACCGACAACAGCUGCGUCGCUGCAUCCUGCCGCGAAAAUGCCCCGUCUCAGUUUGUCAAGCGAGAGACUGUAAUCUCCGCUCUACGACAAGGCGUCUAUCAAUGGACACCGUAUGAGCUCAAGCGACUUGACGACAGUCUGGUGUGGGAGUCUGCCAACUAA